AUGAGCUCCGCUGUGAGAACCAGAGGCGCUCGGAGGAGAACCAAGGUGUUUCCCCGGGGUCUGCUAGCGGCGCUCAGCCUGUGCGUGUGCUUGUGUGUUGGUGGAGCAGUAGCAUCUUCAUCAGCGCAGGAGGAGGAGGACAGUGCCAUGGAGAACAUAGUUACAGAGAAAAGAGCCGAGGCGAGCCACAGACAGGACAGCGCAGAUUUGCUCAUCUUCAUCCUACUGCUCACCCUCACCAUCCUCACGAUAUGGCUCUUCAAACAUCGUCGCUUCAGGUUUCUCCACGAAACUGGGCUGGCAAUGAUUUAUGGGCUCCUGGUUGGUGUGGUCUUGCGGUAUGGGAUCCACAUGCCUCGAGAUGGUGACAAUGUUAUUCUGAACUGUAACGUUAAUGCCAGCCCUGCCACCGUCCUGGUCAAUGUCAGUGGCAAGUUCUACGAGUACACUCUGAAAAGGGUCAUCAGCUCCACUGGAAACAAACUGGAUGAUAUGUCAGACAAUGAGAAUGAGAUGCUCCGUAAGGUGACAUUUGACCCUGAGGUGUUCUUCAAUAUCCUUCUGCCACCCAUCAUAUUUCAUGCUGGUUAUAGUCUGAAACGGAGGCACUUUUUUCGAAAUAUGGGAUCCAUCUUGGCCUAUGCUUUUCUGGGAACAGUAAUUUCUACGUUCAUCAUAGGUUUGCUGAUGUAUGGCACUGUGACCCUCAUGAAGCAGGUCGGACAACUCGGGGGAGAUUUCUUCUUCACUGACUGCCUUUUCUUUGGAGCCAUUGUCUCAGCCACAGACCCUGUGACUGUCCUGGCCAUUUUCCAUGAGCUGCAGGUUGAUGCAGACCUGUAUGCGUUAUUGUUUGGCGAGAGCGUUCUCAAUGAUGCUGUCGCUGUCGUCCUGUCUUCAUCUAUAGUAGCGUACCAGCCAGCCGGCGACAACAGUCACACGUUUGAAGGCAUGGCUUUGCUCAAAUCAUUUGGGAUGUUUCUUGGAGUCUUCAGUGGAUCGUUUGCUUUAGGAGUGGCCACCGGAAUUUUCACCAAGCUGAGGGAUUUCCAGCUGCUGGAGACGGCUCUGUUCUUCCUCAUGUCCUGGAGUACAUUUCUGUUAGCAGAGGCCUGUGGAUUUACUGGUGUUGUAGCCGUGCUGUUCUGUGGGAUCACUCAGGCCCAUUACACUUUCAACAACCUCUCUCCAGAGUCGCAGGACCGGACCAAGCAGCUCUUUGAAUUACUCGAUUUCCUGGCAGAGAAUUUCAUUUUCUCUUACAUGGGUCUGGCCCUUUUCACCUUCCAGAACCAUGUCUUCAAUCCCAUGUUCAUUGUCGGAGCUUUUCUGGCCGUGUUUGUGGGAAGAGCUGCAAACAUUUACCCCCUGUCUUUGCUGCUUAAUCUGGGAAGACGCCACAAGAUUAGGUCCAACUUCCAACACAUGAUGAUGUUCGCAGGACUGCGAGGAGCCAUGACCUUUGCUCUGUCCAUUCGCGACACCGCCACAUACGCUCGACAGAUGAUGUUCUCCACCACGCUUCUCAUUGUGUUUUUCACCGUGUGGAUUUGUGGAGGAGGCACCACUCAGAUGUUGUCCUGUCAGCGCAUUAGAGUGGGUGUAGAUUCUGACCAGGAUAACUCGAUGGGCUUAGUUGAGGGUCCGGAGAAAAUAAGCACCAAACAGGAGAGCGUUUGGUUUUUCAGGAUUUGGUACAACUUUGACCACAAUUACCUGAAGCCAAUCCUGACUCAUAGUGGGCCCCCACUCACAGCCACGCUGCCUCCCUGCUGUGGACCCCUGGCCCGCUUCCUCACCAGCCCUCAGGCCUUUGAGAAUGAAGAACAACUGAAGGACGAUGACUCGGACUUGAUCCUGAGCGAUGACAUUAACCUGGCGUACGGGGACAUCACGGUAGACACGGACGCCUCGGGCCACAUGAGCGGGGGCUUUGCCAGCGCCAUGAGCUCUGAGGCGCUGGACGGCGAGCUGACCUACGGGGACAGUGAGGUGGUGAUGAGGGGCACACGCCUGGUUCUGCCCAUGGAUGACUCUGAGCCCCCCCUCAAAGACCCACACCUACUCUUUUGA